AUGCCUGCGGAUGAAGAGCAGCCGCAGCGAGCGGCAAACGGCGUCCAGGCCGCGGAGACGACGCCCCUGCUUAACGGCGCCAGCAAUGGCACACCCGCCGCGGCCGCCAACGACGAGGAGACGACCGUCAUCGCCGAGACCGUCUCCAGCGGCCGUCUGGCUCUGAUCUUGGGAACGUCGUACUUUGGCGUGUUUCUUGGCGCCAUCGAUAGCACGAUCAUCGCGACUCUCUCCGGCCCCAUCUCGAGCGAGUUCAAGUCCCUCAGUCUCCUCAGCUGGCUCGCAACCGCCUACCUCAUCUCCAAUGCCGCCUGCCAGCCCAUCUCCGGCCGUUUGACGGACAUCUUCGGCCGCGGUCCGGGUCUCGUCUUCUCCAACAUCUUCUUCGCCGCCGGUAACCUCAUCUGCGGCCUCGCUAGGACCCAGUCCGCCAUCAUUUUCGGCCGUGUGGUCGCUGGCAUUGGCGGCGGUGGUUUGAUGAGUAUCAGCACGUUUUUGGGUUCGGACCUCAUCCCUCUGAGGAAGAGAGGGAUUUACCAGGGCAUCGGAAACAUCGCCUACGGCUCCGGCGCCAUGCUCGGCGGCGUCUUCGGCGGCCUCAUCAACGACCACACGGCCAUGGGCUGGCGCCUCGCCUUCCUGAUCCAGGUCCCGCCCGUCCUCCUCUCCGCCGUCCUCGUCGCCGUCCUCGUCAAGGUCCCGCCCAAGGCCUCGGACAAGUCCUACCUGGCCCGCAUCGACUUCGUCGGCGUCGCACUCACCAUCUCCUUCCUCGUCCUCCUGCUCCUCGGCCUCAACGCCGGCGGAAACCUCGUCCCAUGGGUCCACCCGCUGCCCCUGACCACCAUCCCCCUCUCCUUCGUGGCCUUCGCCGCCUUCCUCGUCUGGGAGAGCCGCGUGAAGCAGCCCAUCAUCCCCGUCCGCCUGCUCGCGAACCGCACCAUCCUCGCCGCCUGCUUUACCAACCUGCUCUGCACCAUGGUCAUGAUGAUGGCCAUCUUCUACGUCCCGCUCUACCUCCAGGUCAACGGGCUCUCGGCCACCGACGCGGGCCUCCGCAUCCUGACGUCCCCGCUGGGCGUGUCCAUCAUGUCCGUCGGAGCCGGCAUCAUCAUGAAGAAGACGGGGAAGUACGUGGUCCCGGGCAUCGUCGCCCUGGUGCUCUUCAACAUCGGCAUCGUCAUCCUCACCCAGUUCGACACGAACACGCCCGCCUGGGUGAACUACCUCGUGUUCUUCCUCGCGGGCGGCGGCUACGGCUCCAUGUUGACCAUCACGCUGCUCGGCUGCAUUUCCGCCGUCGACCACUCCCAGCAAGCAGUCGUCACGUCCGCGACGUAUCUGGCGCGGAGUCUCGGCGGCACCGUCGGCAUCACAAUCGGGUCCGCCGUCUACCAGAACGUCCUGAAGAACCGGCUCUGGGACCGCUUCGGCGACUACCCGGACGCCGCGGAGAUCAUCGGACGCAUCAGGGACGACCUGGACGAGCUGAAGCACCUGCCCCCCGGGUGGAAGACCGGCGUCAUCGACUCCUUCAUGGAGGCGUUCCGCAGCGUGUGGUUCACCAUGCUCGGCAUGUCGCUACUCGCCCUCGUCUUCAUCUCGAUGAUGAGGCAGCACGUUCUGCACUCGACCUUGGAAAGACGAUAG